AAUCGAACAAAAAUAACCGGGCCUCAAGACCUAGAAGCGAGAACUCAAGAACUACAAGUUUCCUCUACUCGCGGUAUUGAUUUCUGAUGUUGGACAAGAACCUUGGAAACUAAGCCACUGAUACAGCAAUAAUUCAAAAAUGGAUUUCGUUCCGGAGGAAAUUAUAGAAGGUAGAUUAAAGGAUAAGAAACCAUAUAAUCUAGGGAUUGAAAAGUCUGAUUGUGCACUUUAUGAAAUCCCUAAAAAUGCUUUGAUGUUCCGAAAUAUUAAGAAAACUAAAGGAACUUCAAAGCUGAAAGUAAUGUUCAGUGACAUGGAUUUAGAAUCAUCUGAAACUGUAUCAACUUAGACAUUCCUCUUAAGAAAAUAAUUUACAGUAAGCAAAGUUCUCAUAUGAAAAAGCGCAAUAAUAUCAUCAUUUUGCUCAAUAAGCUUGCUAAAAUAGCCAGAAAAUACCAUUUUUCUUGCGAAGUGUCAGUCGAGGAUGAGAAACAUUUAAACGAAUUUAAGAAAAUCGGUCUAAUAUUAUUAAACGACGUGAUGGCAGUUUUUGAGGAAGCAGCUUCACAGAUCCGCUCUGAACACCAAGAACGUAAAGACUUGCUCCUCACUGUGUUCGAGAGAUACAACACGAUUCUGAAACAUCUACUCAGCGUUUGCAGCAACCUCUAUGUGGCCGUAAUUUCAGGUAGAAAUAAUCUUCAUCUAAGGAAUACUGAAAAUCUAAGAAAUAAAGACAACUUACAGAAUGUCUUGAGAAGUCUCAACAAAGCAAGAUCAAAUAACCUGAGACUGCGUUCAGUGAUUGAGGGCCUGAAUUCAAAGAUUCUGCGUGCCAUGUUCACUACAAAGUCAAGUGAGGCAGCGAUAUCUAAUAUCCACAGAUUGUAUCAACUACAACUUCAAAGGACUGAAAAUGAUCACAGAAAACUUACGCUAGCAAAUCACCACUGUUCUCAGAUGGCACUAAGUAUAGUCCAAAUGUUUUGCAACAGAAAUAUGGUGACCAUUUUAGAUCAACUUCAAACAUCUAAAGAUAAAUGGUUAUUUACGUAUGACAGAUCAUUCUUAUUGAUGAGAAAGUUAAUCACACAAUUAUACGAAACAUUAACAGCAAGCACAGAAGGAAUUGUUCGGUUUUCUGAACAUCUUGAAUAUUUGUUUAUGUCUUCCAAGUAUUAUUUAAAUGAAUUAUUAAAAACAAUUGAGAAAUUUGAAACGUUUUUGCAUUCAGUUUUUGAAGAUGAUGUAAAAAAUCGAAACCUGGAGUAUGCAACGCGCGCCAGUGUUCAUCUAACGGACAUUCAAGAUACAGCUCAAAAGGUGCUAAAUAAAAUAGGUGGAUUGUGGACUGUUAAAAAACAUGAUCUGAUCAAUCACAUCGCUUUGAAUUCUGGUCAGUAUGAGGUUAGCAAUCCUGAAACAGAAGAUAAUAUUAACCACAAUAAUGAUAAUGGUGAUAUCUGUUAUACAGACAAGAAAGUCAAGAAUCCUGCAAAAUGUAAACAAAAAGGAAGUGAAACUGUUAACACUAAACGUUACAAACCUAGUGCAUUCAGUUCAACACUAAGACUAGAGUGUAGUUCACAGAAUGCAGCACAACCUAAGUUCUAUAAACAACUUUUUAAUAAUACCAACUAUGAGUUAACUUUAUACGAUUUAAAAUUACUACUGAAAUCAGCAUCAGAUGAAUUUCAUGAGUUAUUCGUAUUUCUGAAAGAGAACUUAAAUAGUCAACAACCAUCAGGACUGUUUAACUGGUUUAAUUUAACAAAAGAUAUUAAUGGUUUGGAAAGUGUUUACAAUAGGUUAUCAUCUAUUCUGACAAUACAAGAGCGUAAUUUGAUAAAAUUAAUCAAUCUAUAUGACCUAGGUAUAUCAACUUUUAUUCAUAUGAUUGAAAAGUUAAAGAAUAAUUUGAACAAUGAACAAGAUGCUGGACCGUUUUAUGAUUUGAAACCAUUGAAAGAGAAGUUUGAUGAAUGGAAAGAUUUAUUAACAUUAGAUGCUUCUCAUCCAACUCAAUAUGAUCCUUCAGUGAAUAAAACAUCUGCAGAUGACAAAGAAGUCAACUAUACAAACGAUAAAUCUGCUCAAACAUUGUUGACCGAAAGCUAUUACAACCAGUCGACGUUAGACUUGAUCAUCAAUGUCCAACAAACACUGAAUCAAAGGCUAAGUGAAUUAAAUCUCAACUUAGUCAAUAAUGUUAAUAGAAUAGAAAAGAAAAGAUCAAUUAUAUGUCAAAAAAUAACUUCAAAAUGGAUAUCUAGUGCAGUUAUAUGGAUUUGUCUAAAUGAUUAUACUAAGAACAGUCAUAAUAAUAAUAAUAAUAAUACAGUGAAGGAUCAGUUAUUUGAAAGAAUAUCCAAUCAUAACUUGAACAAGUUGUUUAUGAAAAUUAAUUUUGUAGAAGGCAAUGAUAUAGAAACAUAUCCAAUUCCAGGAAAUAAUAAUAACAGGAAGACUGAAAAUAGUAUAACUGAAAUCAAUGAAAACCAUACUGUAGGUACUAUUAGUGCUAAUCAUAAUGGUAGUAUCAUAGCUGAUGCAAACAUUAAUGAGAAUAAUAAUGAUGAUAAACAUGAUUAUGAAUGGAUAACUUUAUGUUUUAAGAAAUAUUAUCAAAACUUACAAAAUCAACUGAGUGACUUCCAAACAAAGUACAACCUAAAUGAAGCUAUUCAUCAAAUAAUCAAUGAACUUGAUGAUAUAUCGAGUAAUUUGAAUAUAAAUACAAGUUUAUCUAAGUAUUUCAAGGAGAAAGAGGAUUGUGAAGUAUGGGAACAAGAGAAGAAUUAUUUAGAGUUAACCAAAACGGAGUUUAUCCAAGCUUGGUACAACUUAUCCAAUGAACUAUUCUACAAUCAUUCUGAAUGUGCAGAAAGUGUGAAAACAGAUUCUGCAAAGGAACACGCGCAACGUGAAGACGCUUACUGUAAUACUAGUUUCAACCUGGAUCAACUGCGUGAGAGAGAUCACAGUGAAUUAUUCUGUAUUGACUCACUUGACUAUCUCAACAGAUUAUAUGAAGCAGCAUCGGAACGUAAGAAGACUGUUGUAAUAAGACGUAAAAAUAUAGAAGAGUCAAUGAAAUCUAAACAAGAACUGAUUAAUAAACUUGAAAAAGAAAUGGAGGAUGUAGACCAAAAGUUAAUUGAACUUCGGACGAAAUUGGGUGAAACAUUUGAAAGCAUACAAUCAGAAUUUGAACUAGAAAAGUGAGUAAUUGCAGAAAUACCUUUUUAACAAUACCGAAACCGAAAAGACAUUUUCUACAGAUCUUCAUUGUUAUUACUAUUAUUUUCGUUUGUAAUUUAACUUCGUAGAUUUAUACUUAAUAAAGUGGGAGUAAAAUAAAAUGCUGAAUAUAAAGUU